AUGAGGUCACUGAUACUGAGCAAACACACCGCUGCUGUAACCGCAGACAAUACGCGAAAACGGUUCGCUACAAGCAGCGAGGCAUCACUCACGAAAUCUACCAGAGCGAGGGCCAUAACCCUUGCCGGUUAUACUUUUUCCCCUCAAAACAACAUCUUCCUCAGGGCCCUAGCGCGCACGAAAGGGUACGCUACCGAUGUGUGGGUGCCUCUGCCCACCGCUCAGGCGCUGAGGCUGGUACUUCGCCGGCACGCCGACCCCCCCGUGCGCAUCACCCACGCCAACGGCGACUGCCUCUACUACCACAACUCCCAGUUCAGGUGCUCAUUGGAGGAGAUGCAAAGGCAGUGGAGGCACUUUACGGAGGCCCCACAGGUGAUGGGGAGCGGUGGCACUAAGGAGAGACUCGCGGACGCGAUCCCCAUUCAGGAGGAGCAGCUACCGCUGAAUACGAAUGGGGAGCGCUUCGAGCACGCGGCAGAACUCCAGAUGAUCGAGUACACACGGCGGCAUGGCUAUGCUAGUCGCUAUUGGGCCACUCCGCAGGAAGCGGGGUACCUUUUCCAAAGUCCAUUUCGGGAUCCUUUCUUAGGCGUAAAAGAGCAUGGUGUCGAGGUCGCCAACAUUUUCACCAGCAAACCUCUUCUCUACUAUAACGUCAGCGGGACGACAGAUCCCUCCAAAUUUACACCAGAGGUUUGCCGGCGCUACGACCCUUACAAUUUUCAUUUGCGGUUUUACCGACCGAUCACCGCCAUCCAACUGAAGCGGUCUGCGAUUGAACAUGAUUGCGUGGACCAACAGCAGUGGAUAACCCCGGAACGUGCCAAAUGGUGGCGCGUACGACUCAAAAGUAAUGUCAAACCUGUCGUGCUCAUUUACAAGCCUGGGGAGGUCGUACAACUGGUGAACGUUAACAUGACGGAGAAUCCAAAACGACUUAAGGAGCAGAGUUUUGUGAGAUGUUCUUUCCCCAUGGAAGAUGAUGAAUUGGUUUUUCAGACCCUUGUGACAAAAAAAUGA